GUGUGUGGUGAAUAAUGCUCACACCUUAUGUUGAAUCCGUGUAGAACCAAAUAACGAUCUCUGAUGGACUCAACCUCGUAGAGACGUUGUUGCUACGAUAACACCUCUGUUUGCCUUACCGUAGCGUAUUGUAAACCUGAAUAUAUGGCCCAUUGAUGGACAGGUGAGAAGGACCUAACGACCUACCUAGGCACUUGCUAACUUCCAAGAUACCUCCCUCAGGGCAAGGCGAUUAUACGGGCUUGAAACCUCGCCGAAAUCACUGUUUCCGUUUCAAAACCUGAAAGUUUGUGAAUGAAAACCAACGCGGACAAUGGGAAAAGAAUACACAAGUAUAGACCGUAGAAACAUCAUACCAGCCCUGGAGUCCCGGCUCUCCGCCCGCCAGCCCCCGCUUAACGGACCACAGGUCCAGCUCUUCCGCAUCAACUCGCCCCCAAAAGCGGCACCGCCGACUCCGACUCCCAAGAUGUCUGAUUCGGGGUCGGAUGAGGGGUCUUGUGCAGGCGAACAGCAACAACACGGCCCCGCAACCAAGCCCGUCGACGAUGUCGUCUUCAUGCUCCAGAAACGCAUCCAGAUCAUGCAGUCCAUCAUCGACCAGCUCCGCGCGUCUAUCAAAGAGCGCCAGCACUGGGAGGAAGACGCCAAGACGGCGCGGCAGGAGCUCGAGAGGGCGAGGCGGAGGAUCGGGGGGCUUGAGGAUGAACGGGGACGGAGGGGCUGUGCGGGAGAGCCAACGCACGACGACGGGGAGCAGCAGCGGGACGCGGAGGCCCAGGAGAAGAACGAGAACUCGGAUACUGUCACGAAAGACGUCGAAAGCCCCCGUGAGCCCGGGCACGGCUGCACGAGUCUCGGCGAACCGCUCACAACGUCCCCUCCAGAAACCCAGGAGCCCCGGAACGACACGAUCCGCCUCCACCACGUCGUCUGGGGCUCCUCGCCCGUGCUCGACGAACGGCUGUAUAAGAAGCUUUCGCAGCACGCCACGGCCGGAUCGCCCUUCACCGCCACGCGCGAUUUCAUCGGCCGGGAUGUGGAGCCGGGCGGGAGGAGGACGCUAGUGCUCGCGUACUCGAGACCCCCUGGCGCCCCGGCGCGCUGGCUCGUGGUGGACGAGGGCCAGGAGGGGAGGUUCGGCCCGUAGCGAGGCGAGGAUGAGAUUGGGUUCGGGGUCUGCCGGAUUUGGGUAGGACGCUGGGUACCUAGGCGUUGAAGGGGGUUAGUUGGCUGCGAACCUGGGGGGGGAGGUUGG